GGGGCUGAAUCGCGGCCCGGAGCCCUCGAGAGGCUCCCUGGCUGCCGCCGCUACGGAGAGACCGGGCCCAGCGGCCUCCCGGGCCCGGCCGGGCGGGUCCAUGGGGCCACAGCGACGGACCAGCUCGUUGGGUUUGGCUUGGUCACCUUCAGCCUCGUCCUCUUUGUUUACUACACCCUCUGGAUCAUCGUGCUGCCCUUCAUUGACAGCGACCAUGGGAUCCACCAGUAUUUCCUGCCUCGAGAGUAUGCAGUUAUCAUCCCUGUGGCAGCCGGGCUGCUGCUGCUGCUAUUUAUAGGUGUUUUUAUAAUGUUCGUCAUGUGGAAGAGCAGGAAACAUGCCAAGAAAUCAGACUGAAGGCCCAUCUGAGGAGAUGAGGAAGUGCCCACGCUGCAGCAUCAAAGCCAGGAAAAGACUUUUCCUGCAGCUCCAGGCAGAUAUCUCCAAGGUGCCCAGCACUGAGCUGCUCCCACAUUCCCUCCUGCAGAGACUAAACCUGUAGUUUACAAUUCACUGACCAAAGAGAGGCAGGAUUCAUCCAAGGCUCAUCAAGUGAGGGACCAGAGCCCCUGCUGAGGGACCUGCUCCCCAACUGGGGCUGCCCUGCCCACUCCCUGGGCACUCCUUCCCCUCAGCUCUGGCUCUGCCCAGUAGUUUGUUCCUUCUGGGAAUUUUAUUUAAAAGUUUACCUACA